AUGGUAGCUCCACUCCUUAGGGCAGCCUAUGCUGGUCUGACUGCAGUACUUGCAUACAUUGUUAGCCUGCUGUCUCGCCUGGCACCAUCCUCCAAGGACGAUGUCUAUCGCGCUCUCGAUCAUCGAGCCCUCAAUCUGCCUCUGAGCAGCGAUGCGGGUGAAGACGGGGUCCCUGAGACCGAGUGGAUGAACAUGGGCUGGUGGACUUCGGUAGAUGAAGGCGAGAUAGUGCGAGACAAGCCUUUUCCCCAAGCCUGCGAAGAUCUUGCUCGACGUUUCUACAGCAGUGCCGGACUGCAGCCUUCAGCAUCUCCGUCGAAUGGCCCAGUGGUACUGGACGUGGGCCACGGUUACGGCGAGUCUCUCCUUUUCCUCUCACGCAGCUACACGCCCUCUCAACUCGACGGUAUCACCUACUCCCCCCUCGAGGCCUCGCGAGCUCGCCAACGCCUCGCCGAGGCCAAGACGGGCGUGCCCAUAACAGUGAUGGAAGGAGAUGCCACUGCAGUCCUCUCCAGAACGAGUACAAAGUACGAUUACAUCUUUGCCCUCGACUGUGCCUAUCACUUUCCCUCCAUGCAGGCCUUCUUACAAGCUGCGCAAGACAGACUCAAGCCCGGCGGAACGCUGGCCCUAUUUGACCUCUUUAUGGACGAGGCUUACCCUUCCAGCAAGCCAGCAGCAUGGUUCAAGACAGACUUCCGAGUGGAUCCGCCACCGCAGUUGCGCUCUCGAUUCUCGCACUACAUCAAUCAAGCACUCAUAUUCUGCCUCUCCAAAUCCUCACCUCCUGUAACGCUCCAUCCCUUUCCAGGAUACCACAGCCUGCUCCGUCGCGUCUUUGGUUCUUCAGCCAUCAUCGAGAUCGAGGAUGUCACCUCAAACGUCUUUCCAGGCUUCUCGACGUAUCUGGCACGCUUUGGCGCGAGUCAGAAUGGUGAUCGAGGGAUGCGCUUCGGGAUGAGGUUAUUCAGUAAGCUUCUGGCAAGAUGGGCGAAGGGUGGGGAUGGUGGUCUGGUGAGAUGUGGGAUUGUUGUGAUCAAGAAGGCUGCACGUGCGGAUGAGGGCAACGCCUUAGAAAACGGCGAAUAG